AUGCAUGGCGAAAAGAGCUCGGCGGCCACUGCAGUAGCAAAUGAUUGGGUAACAAAGGUGCUUCCAACUUAUCUCUCGGAAUAUGUUGAAGACUUCAUUUAUAACGCGGAUGAAUCUGCGCUUUUGUACAAAGCCUUAUCUACAAGCACUUUAGCCAACAGAAAAGAUACUCCAUCUGGGGAAAAAAAUGCCAAAGGAAAUGUUAUCAAUUUUAUUUAUCACGAACAUAAAUGGAACGGACAAACAUAUUUAUUGCAUUGGCAACAUCAAGCUGGUUUUUCUACCUCCAAACACUACAUUCAUUCAAUUCAACCCCUGGACCAAGGUAUUAUUCGUUCCUUCAAAGCUCAUUACCGCAGGGCUAUAAUUUCAAAACAGCUCCUUCACCUUGAAUGUGGUUUAUCGGUGAAGGAUUUUUCGAAAAAAGUUGAUAACUUGAAAGCUUUAAAUAUGGUUAAAAGAGCUUGGUUAAACGUAACAUUAGAAUGCAUUCGAAACUGUUUUAGAAAGUCUGGUUUUACUAUUUCUACAGAUGUAGCUACCGUUGAGGAAAGUGAUGUUAUUUUAGAUGCUUUGGAUGAUGAUGAAAUUAAUCAUCUAAUUGAAAUUGAUGAAGAUGUACCCUGUUGUGAAGAUUUGACUGACAACGAUAUCAUUGAUGAAAUAACAGGCUUCGAAGAAGAGAAUUCGGAAAACGAAAGCGAUAGCCACACGAUCAAGCCUAGUGUUUCUGAAGCCUUAAAAUCGAUUACUAUUUUGAAUAACUUUUUUACAGAUAAUACUAAAGUACGUAAACAAUUGGACGAUAUUGAAGACACAUUAUGUCAACAUAUUUUAAGCAAAAUGGCACAAACUCGCAUUAAAGAUUACUUCCAAAAUAUAACAUUAUAA